AUGUCACAAUCCCUGCGGCCGUACCUGCAGGCGGUGCGCAGCACCCUGACGGUGGCCAUGUGCCUGGUCAACUUUGCGUCGCAGGUGGCGGAGCGGCACAACGUACCUGAGAUAGAGGCGCGGUCGUCACCGGAGCUGCUGCUGGCGCCGCUGACGGUGGCACGCAACGAGCACGAGCGGGUGCUGAUCGAGGCCAGCGUCAACAGCGUGCGGGUCAGCCUGAAGAUCAAGCAGUCGGACGAGAUCGAGCACAUCCUGGUGCACAAGUUCACCCGCUUCCUGACGCAGCGUGCCGAGUCCUUCUUCAUCCUGCGGCGCAAGCCCGUCGACGGCUACGACAUCUCCUUCCUCGUCACCAAUUUCCACACCGAGGAGCUGUUGAAGCACAAGCUGGUCGACUUUGUCAUCGAGUUCAUGGAGGAGGUCGACAAGGAAAUCUCCGAGAUGAAACUGUUUCUUAACGCACGCGCCCGUUUCGUGGCCGAGUCCUUCCUCACGCCGUUCGACUGA